UUUUGCUUCAGAUCUCAAAAAAUAUAUAAAAAGGUAAGAUCAUUUUUAUUCGGUGUGUACUGAAGUCGAUUUCUCUGCUACUCCAUAGAGAAACUAUUCAUUGUCUUCUUUAGCCCACAAUUAAAAAUCUGGCAUUUUUUUUCUCUGCUUAUAAAUCUAGAUAUAAGCUCAUAACCUUUUUCAUUCGGUGUGUACUUAGAUUGCCAUUUUUAUGCUACUCCAUAGAGUAACCGUUCAUCGUCUUCUUCAGAGGAAAACAUACGUUGUUUGGACCCUUGAUCGAGUUGUUUGGUCAAGAUUGUCCAUAAUUAGUUUGGUUUGGCAAUGGGUGUAAGUUUGUUUGUUGUUCAUUGUAGCUAUUAUUUCAUUUGAUUUUGGUGUGUUAGUUAAUUUGGAUUUUUGAUUAGAAGCCUUGUUCUGUUUCCUGUAUUUUACGUGUUUAGUUUUAUAUUCGUUUAAUUGUAUCUUUUACAAUUGAGGAUUAUUUAUUGUCUUGAGUGUUUCAAAUGUUCAAGAGGUUGACCAGAAUUUGUUUCUUUGGCGAAUCGUUGAAUAACAAAUGCGAGGCAUGGAUUCUUCUAUUCGUUCGAUGAAUGCGAAUGUUGACCUGAUUAGAUCAGAUUUUAAUCGUAUUAACCACCACUUGAAUCUCAUAGAGAUGAAUGAACGUAACUUUGAGAAUAAAGUGUUAGAUAAAUUAUAUGGGGAAGAUUUUCCUAAGAAGCCAUAUACAAAUGAGGACCCGGCAUUGAAUACAAAGUAUCAAGAGACAAUGUCAGAUCUUGAUUACUUUAGUCGGGUUGCUGAUGUGGGUUCUUAUGAAGGAGACGAUUGUGAUUUUGUUACAUUGGAUGUUAGUGGUGACACUAAAGGGGGAAAUGGUUGCGUUGAGGAAGUGUAUAUUACUAACCGUAAGAAGGGUAAAAGAAGAUUUGAGUCAACUGUGAAGAACAAUAAGGUUAUUAAUCUUGAUUGGCAAGAGCAAGACAAGGAUGGUGGGGUUAAGUUCUUGUGUGGGCCCUUUAUAUCGAGUGUCUCUCCUUCUCCUCAAGAAGAAGCCAUGGUGAACUACAUUUUCAAAAAACUUGAAAAAUACGAUGACAUGGAAACUAUAGCUUUAUGUGGUAGUAAGCAUAGUUUGAGUCGGAGGCAGUUAAAAACAUUAGGCCCUGACCAAUGCUUGUCUAGUUCGUUAAUAAACAUGGUUGCCUGGUAUCUUACUGAGACGGAAAGGGCUGCUUAUAAAAGCUAUCCGAAUAAGUGGUUUUUGCCGACUCGAAUGACGAGUGAUUGUCUAGGUCCCGCCAAAGCAUUUCAUUUACGUAGUUAUCGUGAGGAUAACCUGUACAUUGGACCCCUCUUUAUGUGUAGAGAGAUCCCAAUACCCAUAGUGGUGAAAGAUCAUUUUGUUAUGAUUUUGAUAUAUAUGCGUAUUAAGACCGUUGAAAUAUGGGACUCAAAAUUGGAAUCAAAUGGUACUUCAAGUGCGCGUCACUUGGUUGAUGAUGUGGCAAGAUGAACUCCGACCUCGACAACAUCAUCGAUGGCGCUGGCGCCAAGAGGAGCAAGCGUCCCAAAGCGGGGGCGCUGAAGACCGACCGGCCGGGCAAGGGCCCCAAGAGGUCCAAGAAAACCCCCCCUCCUGCUCUGCCGGUUUCGAGCUCCAUCGCUGCGGCAACUUCCCAGACCGGCGCUUCCACAACGGCGCCGUCCUCGCAGGUCGUCGCCUCGGCAGUGGCGCCGACUUCGCUGGUCGGACCCUCCGCUAUGGUUGAGUCCCAUCCUCCUGUGGUGGUUCAGUCAUCCUCAGGUCCGCCUUCUAGAAGGCCUUCUGCUUCUCGAGCACAGAAGCUAUCAGUUUCCACCCAUAUGGAUGCAUAUGUGGUCGACAAUGCGGCUGGGUCCCAUGGAUCUACGCUGGUCUCGGAUGUUAUGUCCCAGAUCGGCCAGAGCUUUGGCAGUCUCGAAGCUCUCCAAUGGCAAUGCUUGAACGAUACCCAAGACUGCACUGUCCUCUAUGAGAAGAGUAUCGAGCUCGCUGCCGCGGUAAGUAUCCUUCUAUAGUCCUUCUUCUUAGUUAUAAUCACACAGACUUGGUGCUAAUGAUAAAUUUUUCUUUUUCAGUCUCUUUCCUUUACCGCCCAGCUCAAUUAUAAGUUGAACAAUGAGAUUCACUCGAGUAAGUCUCAUGCUCAAGAGGCGAAGAAUCUCCACCUCAAAGCGAGCGAUGAUCUGAAGGCAGCGAAUGCGAAGCUUGAGGCAGGAGCCAAGGAACGUGAGGACAUGGCCACCGAGCUCGGGAAGCUGAAGACUGAGCUCGAGGAGCAUAAGAAGGAGAUCACCCAGCUUCAUGAGAUCAACAAGAAGCUUGAAGAGGAGAAGGCUGCUACCUUUGACAUCAUGGAGGAUGCAAAAGCUCGUCUCCUUGCUGAGUACAAAGAGAAGAAGUAACAAGCGGUUGACUCGGCCAUGUACUGAAUGUGGGCCUACAAUGAAGAUCUGGAUACCAGCUUCUUAGGUCCUCACGAAGCGACUCUUCUUGACAGGUGGAAUGCUCGGCUCGAGAAGGAAGAGGCUGAGGAGCUCGAGAAGGAAAAAGCUGCUCGGGAUGCUGUUUCGGAGGGAGCCCAGGAGGACAGCCAUGCUAUUCGUCCUGAGGAAUCCGGUGUUGCUGAUGCUGAGAAGGCCAAGGAGACUCCUCUUCCUUAAACCUGAUCUCGGGGAAACCAUCUAUUGGGGCUGCGUCCCCUUAUUAUUUUAAUUUAUGCCCUCGGGGCUGAUACAAUUUCUUUAAAUAUUACUUAUAUAUAUUUUACAUUUCUUGGCUCGAAAUAUUUUGCACAUUUUUUAUGGAUGAAUCAUUUAUGUUUAUUUAUUCAUACAAACAUAUUGUGGAUUUAGGUUCGAAGCUCAAUGCAUUCAUGCAUAGGUUGUUCAAAUUAUUAGCUUCCGACCUCGUUAUUUUUCAAAGUCGGAUAUUACUUUAACCAUGAACCCAAAAGUACUUAUAUGGUAUGUAAUGUGAAUGAUUUGGUUAUAUCUUUUUUGCUUAGUCACUUUUCCUCAUCCUCAGUUUUUGCUCCAAGGUUAAGAGUUCGAAACUAUUUUUCUUUAAGAUAUUCUAGCCUCGAUCUCGAGUUAUUUCGAAAUAGGUUUAGGUUCCUACUUACCAUCGAUUAGUUUUUUGGUUGGUUUGUUCCAAACCUGUUAAGUUUGCACAUCUGGUUAACUCCAAAUGUUUUCGGUUUUUGAUAAUUCGGUUAUGUCCGAACUGUCUAAGCUCGCGUAUCUGGUUCCAUCCAAAUACUUUAUAUGUUUUUGAUAAUUCGGUUAUGUCCGAACUAUCUAAGCUCGCGUAUCUGGUUACAUCCAAAUACUUUAUGUCUUUGAUAAUUCGGUUAUGUCCGAACUAUCUAAGCUCGCGUAUCUGGUUAUAUCCAAAUACUUUAUAUGUUUUUUAUAAUUCGGUUAUGUCCGAACUAUCUAAGCUCGCGUAUCUGGUUACAUCCAAACACUUUAUAUAUUUUUUAUUUUUUAAGCUGAUGGUAUAUCUACCGUUGAUGCCCCCUUAAUAUCCUAUGAGUGUGACCAUAGGUUAUUAAAUUAAGAGAGAUUGCAAAAAUAAAAAAUAAACAGAGAUAAUAUACUAAAUGAAAUAAAUCUUUAUUUGAUGGUAAUCAAAAGGCAAACAAACUAAUACAAAUAGAAACUCAUGGUUAUAGGCAACACUUUUCCUACACUACUGAUAGUAAGGUCUAAGGUGUUCGCCAUUCCAUGCUCGGGGUACUAGGCUCCCGUCCAAUCUCGCAAGUUUGUACACACCAGGUCGGAUGACUGACUCUAUCUGGUAUGGUCCUUCCCAAUUCGGCUCGAGCACUCCAGCUGCCGGAUCUCGAGUUGCCAAGAAUACGCGUCUCAACACCAGAUCUCCCAUUCUGAACUUUCGAUCUUGAACCCUCUUGUUGAAAUAUCUGGUAGUUCGUUGCUGGUAGGCAGCAUUUCUUAGCUGAGCCUCUUCUCUUUUUUCUUCAAUCAAGUCUAAGGUUUCCUCGAGCUGAGUAUGGUUUGAACUUUGGUCGUAAAUCUGAGUUCGGAUCGUAGGGAUUUCGACUUUUAUGGGCAACAUUGCCUCGCAGCCGUAUGCUAGAGAGAACGGGGUAUGUCCUGUUGAGGUUCGAGCCGUGGUCCUGUAUCCCCAAAGGACUUGGGGCAAUUCUUCGGGCCACCGUCCCUUUGCUUCCUCCAACUUUUUCUUUAAAGAACUCUUGAGAGUUUUGUUCACAGCUUCGACCUGGCCAUUCGCUUGAGGGUGAGCCACUGAUGAAAAACUAUUUAUUAUACCGUUCUUUUCACAAAAGUUGGUGAACAAGUCGCAAUCGAACUGGGUUCCGUUGUCGGACACGAUCUUUCUCGGCACUCCGUAUCGGCACACGAUGCUCUUUACAAUGAAAUCAAGGAUCUUCUUCGAGGUUAUGGUUGCCAAUGGUUCAGCCUCCGUCCAUUUUGUGAAAUAAUCCAUGGCGACUACAGCAUACUUCACUCCGCCCUUGCCAGUAGGGAGUGAGCCUAUGAGGUCGAUGCCCCAUACCGCAAAAGGCCAUGGGGAUGUCAACAUGGUCAGCUCGGAUGGUGGGGCUCGAGGUAUCGUGGCGAAUCUCUGGCAUUUGUCGCAUUUCUUCACAUAUUCGAAAGAAUCUGUUUUAAUGGUUGGCCAGAAAUAUCCCUGGAGUAUGAUUUUCUUGGACAGGCUAUGCCCCCCGGUGUGAUCUCCGCAAAACCCUUCAUGAAUUUCUUCAAUGAUUUUCUUAGCUUUGGGAGGGGUUACGCACCUGAGUAACGGCAUGGAAUAUCCCCAUCGGUACAGCCUUUCAUCCAAAAUUGUGUAACGGGGAAGUUGAUACAUCAACUUUCGAGCUUGGUUCCGAUCUUUUGGAAGAACUCCGUUUUCGAGAUAAUCAACCAUCGGGGUCAUCCAGGUCGGCUCUGUUUCGAUCAUACACACAUCUUCCUCUUCUGGCUCAUUAAUGCUAGGUGCCGAUAGGGUACAACAUUCAGUUCUUCAUUUUCGGCGGACGUGGCGAGUCGAGCUAAGGCAUCUGCAUUCGAGUUCUGCUCGCGGGGAACCUAUUCGAUUGUAUAGAAUUCGAAACACUCUAACGCUGAUUUUGCCUUCUCCAAAUAAGCUGCCAUUCUCGUGCCGCGAGCCUGGUAUUCACCCAAGAUUUGAUUAACCACUAGCUGGGAGUCACUGUAGCAAUGUAUAGCUUUAGCUUUGAGCUCCUUAGCUAUACGAAGUCCCGCGAGUAAAGCCUCGUAUUCGGCCUCAUUAUUCGACUCUUUGAAGCCAAAUCUUAGGGCAUAAUGAAAUCUUCUUCCUGCAGGGGUAACUAAAAUGACCCCUGCCCCUGCUCCAUUUUCAUUUGACGAGCCGUCGACGUAAAGUUUCCACAGCUCGUGGGCCGUGGUUAUUACCUCGUCGUCGGCUAUACCAGUACAUUCCACUAUAAAGUCCGCCAAUGCCUGUGCCUUAAUGGUCGUUCUCGGGUGGUAGGUGAUCUAGAACUGUCCGAGCUCAACAGCCCAUUUAAGAAGUCGACCUGAAGCUUCUGGUUUAGACAGGACUUGCCUAAGUGGUUGAUCAGUCAGCACAUGGAUGGGAUGUGCCUGAAAGUAGGGGCGGAGCUUACGAGAUGAAUGAAUUAGACUGAGCGCGAGUUUCUCCAUCAAUGGAUAUCUUGACUCUGCCCCCAGUAAUCUUUUACUGAUGUAAUAAACGGGUCUUUGCACCCUCUCUUCUUCUCGGACGAGCACUGCACUUAUAGCGUGUUCGGUAGUUGAAAGGUAUAGGUACAGUAUUUCCCCCAUUUCAGGUUUUGACAGGAUGGGUGGUUCUGCAAGGUGCUUUUUGAGCUCCUGAAAGGCCAGCUCGCAUUCCUCUGUCCAUUCAAACUUCUUACCUCCUCUCAGUCAGUUGAAAAAUGGAAGACCCCGAUCAGUAGACUUCGAGAUGAAUCUGCUUAGGGCUGCCAUCCUGCCAGUCAGACUUUGGACAUCCUUGUGCCUUCGAGGUGAGGGCAUGUCAAUCAGGGCCUUGAUCUUGUCGGGGUUAGCCUCGAUUCCACGAUAGUUCACAAUAAAGCCCAGAAAUUUUCCUGAGGAUACCCCAAAAGUGCACUUCUGAGGAUUUAGCUUCAUGUUGUAUUUCCUGAGCACGCCAAAGCACUCUUCGAGGUCAUCAACAUGGUUCUUGUUGAGUUGAGACUUUACAAGCAUCUCAUCAACAUAAACCUCCAUGUUGUUCCCUAUUUGUUCUGAAAACAUCAUGUUUACGAGCCGCUGGUAUGUGGCUCCAGCAUUCUUGAGCCCGAAUGGCAUGACAUUAUAGCAGUAUAGCCCUUUAUCCGUGAUGAAGCUCGUAUGUUCUUGGUCGGGGGAAUGCAUGGGAAUCUGGUUAUAUCCAGAAUAAGCAUCCAUGAACGACAUCAGGCCAUGCCCCGCCGUGGCAUCUACGAGCUGGUCAAUCCUUGGUAACGGAAAACAGUCUUUUGGGCAAGCUUUGUUGAGAUCUAAGUAGUCAAUACAGGUUCUCCACGUCCCAUUGGGCUUUGGGACCAACACCGGAUUGGCUACCCAGUCAGGGUAAAAGGCAUCCCUAAUGAAUUGGUUUUCCUUUAACCUGUCGACCUCCUCUUUUAACGCCUUCUUUCUGUCUUCGUCCAGCUGUCUUCGCUUUUGUUGCUUCAGAGGAAAGCUUUUGUCUAUGUUUAGUGCAUGGCUUGCUACAUUCGGGCUUAUCCCCACCAUGUCUGAGUGCGACCACGCGAAGACAUCCUUGUUUUUCUUCAAAAAACAAAUUAAUUGCUUUUUUGCCUCGUCUUGGAGGUGUUUUCCGACCUUCACCUUUUUCGAGGGAUCAGCUUCCUCGAGCUGAAUUUCUUCGAGCUCCUCUAAGGGUUCGAGGUCAACUUUCUCCUCAAUCCUUGGAUCGAUCUCUUCGGAAACCUCUAAGACCGUUCCGUCUUUGUUUUGUACGAUGACGAGUGCUUGAGCGUUCGUUUGUUUCUUUCCCCUCAAGGAGAUGCUAUAGCAUUCCCUCCCUGCCAAUUGGUCUCCUUUUAAUGUCCCAACUCCGCUAGGGGUCGGGAACUUAAGGGCCAGAUGCCUUACUGAUGAAACUGCCCCCAGCCCGACCAGGGCGGGUCUCCCGAGCAGCACAUUGUAGGCAGAUGGUAAGUCUACUACCAUGAACUCCAUUAUCUUGGUCACCGAGACUGGAUAGUCUCCCAAGGUCAUGGGGAGCUCAAUGGAUCCCAUACAGGCAGUUCCUUCUCCUGAAAAGUCGUACAAAGUAGUUGCACAUGCUUUCAGGUCGCAAAGGGAGAGUCCCAUCUUCUAGAGGGUUGCUUUAUAAAGGGUGUUGACUGAGCUCCCAUUAUCUAUGAGAACUCGGUGGACCCUUUUAUUGGCCAACUGAAGAGUAAUAACCAGCGGAUCAUGAUGAGGGAACUGAACAUGGGAGGCGUCUUCCUCGGUGAAGGUUAUUGGUUGUGUUUCAAUCCUCUGGCUUUUUGGUGCCCUAGGUUCGGGUUCAUAAGGAGACCCGUCCCAUGUCUUCAACUCAUUAACAUACCUUUUUUGGGCAUUCUUGCCCCCUCCUGCGAGAUGAGGCCCUCCCGAGAUGGUUAUUACAUCAUCUCCAUCUAUCGGCGGGGGCCUGUCUUCUUCCCGAGAUCGGGAGUUAUUGUUUUGUGUGGUCGGAGGCGCGGCUACUCUCUGGCUCGCGGCCGCCUGACCAGUAUUCUGGUUUUUGACAUAAUGCCGGAAGUAACCUCUCGAGAUCAACCCUUUGAUCUCGUCCUUCAGUUGUCGACAUUCAUCGGUUGUAUGUCCAGUGUCUCUGUGGAACUGACAAUAUUUACUGGAAUCCCUCUUGGAUUUUUUAUUUCUCAUCGGGUCUGAGCGCCUAAAAGGGACCUGGUUCUCAUUAGCCAGGUAUAUGUUCUCCCGAAACUCAUUGAGCUCAGUGUAUACUCUAUACACGGAGAAAUACCUCUCCCCUUUCUUUUUCUUUCCUCCCUCAGCUUCGGGGUUACUUCCUUCGUUCUUUUUCCUCUUGGAGGGGUUCUCCGUGGCAGGCUUUGGUGCUGCUGGGUCCGCCGAGGUUGAGGCAGAGUUGACGUUUAUCGUUGUAGUUUCGGACUGGGAGGUCGCUUUGAGCGUCGACCUCGCUUCCUCUACAUUGACAAACCUCUGUGCUCGUCUGUUAAACUCGGUUAUUGACCUUACCGGUUUCCCUUGCAUGUCGUCCCAAAGGGCACUUCCCGGUAAUACGCCAGCUCGGAUAGCCAUGAGGUGUCCACUGUCAUCCACAUCCCGAGCUUGGGCUACUUCCAGAUUGAAUCUUGUUAAGUAACUCUUUAGUGUUUCGCCCGGUUGUUGUCGGACGUUAGUUAAGGUGGAUGCUUCUGGUCUGACCCCCACCAUUGCUCUGAACUGCUUCUUAAAGUCUUUAGACAACUGCUCCCAUGAGGUUAUUGAGUGUCUCUUAUACUUUUCGAACCAACUUUUGGCAAGUCCUGCCAAUGAUGUUGGAAACAACAUGCACCUGAGCUCGUAACCCACGUUACUGGCUCUCAUGAUAGUGUUGAACGUGCUCAGGUGACUACACGGAUCGGUCUUUCCUUCAAACGUAGGGACGUGAGGAAUCCGAAACCCUUGAGGAAAUUGAGUGUCGGAAAUAUGGGGAGCAAAUGGCUCGAGCUCCUCAUCAGAGUCCUCAUAUCGACCAUUUCCUCGUUCAUUCUUUAAAAGCCUAAAGGCUCUUUCGAGCUGAUCGAUUCUUUCCUGGACUGGGUCAGUAGGAGGUGCUGUCUGGAACUGAUUGUCAUCGAUCGUGAUUCCAGGCUCGCGUCUCCGCAAGGGAUCUCUACGCCUAUUCAAGCGAUCCCUUAGGUUCGGAUUUGUUUGCUCUCCAUUACCCCAACUCUGGUUCAGGUGAUUUCGCAGGUCGGGACGAUUCUUGCGGCUUCCAGUGUUAUUACGAUCUCGGUCAUGUUUACUAACAGACCUGGUCUCUCCGGACUCAUCACUGGUGAAGCUCAUUGCUCGGUUAUUCCGUGACACUACAAGGAAAAAUGCUUUUAAUAACACCAAAAAUGUGUUAUCAAAACCUACGAUAACACUUUCUGAUGUGUUAAGACAGACUGUGUUAUCGUAGGUCAGGGUACUUACCAUAACACUUUAUCAGUCUUAUACAGGUGUGUUAUUGUACUGUCAACGAUAACACAAUUUCUGUGUUAUUUUAAUAUAUAGAUAAGUGUUGAAUUAUGUUAUUUAUAGUCGAUACUAUAACACUUUUUUUGUGUUAUACUACACUUUAGUAUAACACUUUUUUUGUGUUAUACUACACUUUACUAUAACACUGUUUUUGUGUUAUACUACACUUUACUAUAACACUUUUUUUGUGUUAUACUACACUUUAGUAUAACACAUUAUUUGUGUUAUAUAAUGAA